AAUGUAAGGCAUGGAAUAUGCAUAUAUACACCAUUACCAUGAACUACAUGCAGUUCUAAGUUUACACCCCUCCAACACGCCUCAGAGGGAUGCACUUAGCAACCUACGAAAUGGAAACCGGCGUGCAAAUUUAUGACAGAUUCCGGUCACAAGGAAAAAUGAGGUAAGAUUAUGACUUCCUGUCCCUUGAUUGAGCUGUCUUGAUCAAGGAGUUGGUCUUGGCAUGCGUUUCGGUACGUCUCUUCUGAUAUCGCUCUCACGGUGGUUCGUACGGACGGCAAGACUUCUAUCGACUUUGUCUGAGACCUAAAGCCCUACUCACUGGCUUUCAAGAGGAGAGACGGGCAGCUACUUAGCGAUACUGAAAAGGAGACUGGCGUGAACUAUGCACACCAACUGAGGGAGCAGGUAGUUAGGCACUUCGAACCCAUCAUGGGCGUAACAUCUAAGAUGUCCGCCGACGAUACUCUGAACGAGUCCUCAUCUCAGGCUAUCCAGAGUAAUGAGCUCUACUACAUCUAUGCUAGCUCGGCAAAACAGGAUCCAGGCGAAAACAUCAAUGUGCUCGUUGAAGGUAGCCCUAUAGAUACGUUUGUGGCUACCCUUAACGACGACAAAGUCAUUAUUCUGUCAGAUAAGCCAAGUCCAACAGCCGACUUUGACGAUAAUGAUGAGACAAAGAUAUGGUUCCAGGAACUCGACCCCACAGCUACUGGCUCUGUCACACUUGAUCCCAAUUUGAAAGAUAUUGAAAGCUUCGAAUUGCAGUUCACACAACCAUGGCCGCUGGUGUUCAGCUCGGCGAGCGAUGUGCUUCUGUUCACAUUUGGUCCGCCAUUGGACGGAUCAAACACUUCCAGGAUCCCUCCACCUGGAGUGAACGAAGAAGGGACGAUGUUGACCCUCGGUCUCGAUUUUAGCGAAAUAUCCGAUACUCCUACUAGCAAGCUCAGCGACCUCUUCUCGUACGCUGGGAGCGAAGGCAUGGUCGAUUAUGUGCCAAGUGAGCUGUUGGACCUGACUGCAACGCUUACAACCCCUAAGCAGGGAGAUCCAAAGCGCAAUGCCCUUUGGUAUCUCCCUGACUCGUACAAGCGCGUCGUGAUGCGCUUGCAGUUCGAAGUACCCAGCUUCGAGCCUUUACAAGACCUUCUGGGCGGAAUUCUAAAAGGGUUCACCCUUAAUAGUGCUGAGGUAAUAUUCUACAAGGACAUGCUGCUGGCAGCGACGGAAUUGGGGCCAAAGCCUAUAUUCCAGGGGUCCCUUGCCUUUGGUAUCGAUUGCUCCGUUCAGGGCAGUGGUUCUAAUGACCCCAAGGUCCCUACCACAGCAGGCAUCGAAAUCAGCGAAUAUGAUAUGCUUCUCACAUUUCAAUUCCAGUCUAAGGAUUCGCUGAUGGGGAUUCUCAAGUGGCUUGGAUCCCUGAUCGAUGAUUCGUUGGACACACUUAUCGAUGGCAUUCUCAACAAGAAGGAAGGUAAUGCCAAUGUAUUUCCUGACUUUGCCUUGCGCAGGAUGACGGUCAGCCUGGAUACGCAAGACCCAAAUAACCGGAAGUUAUCAUCCUUUUCCUUUGACAUCGAGGUCACAGCCAACAUUGGCACUGGCUCAGAUCCAGUUGUAUUUCUCCUUUCGUACAACUGGGACAAUUUUGCAGGCGGGUUCGGUCGACUGACAGGCGAGUUAUGGAAUGAAUUCGACCCGUCUGCGGACAAGGACCUAUUACCACAUGUGGAGAAAUGGUCCGAUCUACAGCCAUUGACAUCGUCCCCGGCAAAGUCAAUCGACAUUGUGUCCCUAAUUCCUGGACAGGAAGUAGACAACAUCCCCGAUACGUUGCCUACAAAUAUCAAAAUGGCUUAUAUGGAGCUCACAAAAGACUCCUUCGAUAUUAAAUGCUCCAUCACGGCCGAUCCUCUGUCUCCAGGUUCGGCGCCUCAGCCGCGUCUGGGUGAGGUCACGCUUGAAGGUUCAUUUACCUGGGGGAAUAGUAGCUCCUUUGCCCUAAGUGCCUUCAUCAGCGCUGCUAUCGAACCAAGUCAAGAUGCAUUAGAAGACACUCUACCCGCAAUAAUCGAGGGAUCGUUGAGCUAUGACUCAGCUACCAAAGAUUGGGAUCUCAAGGCCUCCCUCACAGGGCUAUACGCCUCGACUUUAGUCGAGUUCUUCGACGAGGACUCGAAAAAACACGUCGGGCCCCUUAUAAACUCAAUCGCCAUCGACACGCUAGCUGUCGAGUACAAGUACACAAAAAUAGAUGGCGGACAGUCGAGAGGAAGUGAGUUUACUAUUGCAGGUAACCUGCUUAUCGCCGGACUGAGCCUAGGCCUCGAUUUUGCAUACAAAAAUGGUGAUUUCACCUUCUCGGCCGCGCUUAACCCGGGAGAUAAAUCCGCGAAAAUCGGAGAUGUGCUAGCAGCCAUCUUAGGGCCCGACAUCGAGCUUCCUGAUUUCGUCUAUAACACACAGCUUGUGGGCAAUAAUCAGAAUGUCUUCAGGAUUGAUGUGGUUAAGAACAAAACCCCAGCUGCUGACAAUGUGUCCGGGAUCGACCAGGAGUCCUUCUUCUUCCUUUCGCAGCUCAAUGUCGCAAAUGUGCAUAUUGACUUUGCUCAAAUGCAUAAUACAAACUGGGUCGCUAAGACACCAUCUAAGCGGCUAUUCAAGGUCUCCAUUAAUGGCUUCACCAAGGUAGAGCUCGAAUUACCUCUCAUCGGCACGUUGACGCAGCCUCUCGACGAGUUGUACUUCCUCUGGGUGCAGGAUAAGCCGCCACAGGGCGCGGCGCCUGGCAAGGGAACGGGUCUAACACGUUUAGAUACGGAGGAGCUCAACAACAGCCUGCAGACCACCGGGCAGGAUAUAAUACUUGUCAACGAUAAGAUCAAGCCGGAGCUACGGGCUCAAGCAGAUCUUUUGCUAACGUCCGGAUGCCACUUCGGUGUUAUUAUACGUAGUAGCACAGGUGUACGCACAUGUCUGCUCGACUACGAAUUUAUGAAACCGUCGCCGUCCAGCAGUAUUGCGUUCAAGGCAGGCGAGGGCGAGGUCGACGAUGGCUCCCCAAGCGCUCAGGCACCGUACAAAAAGAUUGCCGGCCCAUUAUCAAUCAGCAACGUCGGUCUAAAGUAUAAGGACAAGAUGCUGGCUGUCAUGUUUGAUGCCACUUUCCAGCUCGGUCCGCUAGGCUUCUCUCUGGUCGGCUUCUCCCUCGGCUUUGCCUUUACAACGCUUAGUGGGACCCCUACAAUCACACCCGUCAUUAUGGGUUUAGCAGCAUCGUUUGAACAGCCACCCCUGUCGAUCGCCGGUGUUAUUCGACAUGGCAACGAAGGAGGCCUCGAUUACUACGCCGGAGGUCUUACCGUCGGCUGGAAAUUGUACCAGUUUGAGGCGGCUGGCUUCUACGGCAUAGUAACGCCAAAGGGUACUUCUGAUGGCUUUAAGACCGUUUUCGUUUUCGCCAAGCUGAAUGGCCCACUUGUAACACUCGAGUUUGCCGAAAUUAACUCCAUCUGUGGCGGUUUCGGCUACAACAGCAGCGUUCGUCUGCCGACGGUCGAUGAGGUUUACGAAUUUCCCUUUAUCGCAGAUUCGCAGCUUAGCGGCAGCGAAAAUGCUAUGGCAGCCCUAGAGAAGCUUGUCGACCCAGGGGCAGGCGGCUGGUUCCAACCACUAGACAAGACGUACUGGUUGGCUGUUGGUAUGGGUGUCGGCGCUUUCCAGAUGCUAGCUAUUGAUGCUGUCGUAGUCGUACAAUUUGGAAACUCUGUAAAGCUUGGUAUAUUUGCCGUCGCCACGGCCGAUGUCCCCACACCUGCUUCAUCCUUCAAGAUAGCCCACGUCGAGUUGGGCAUAUCGGCUGUAGCAGACUUCGACUACGGUACCCUCAAGAUUGAUGCUCAGCUGUCUCCGCGCUCCUAUAUUCUAGAUCCUAACUGUCACCUCACUGGUGGCUUUGGUCUGUACUAUUGGUUCGACGCCCCGCACGCUGACCAGUCGACCGUUGGCCAGUAUGUCUUCACCCUUGGCGGUUACCAUCAAGCUUUCAAUUUGCCUGUUGGCUUCCCGAAUCCGCCACGCCUAGGAAUCAGCUGGAAUCUCGGAGGUGGCCUCACCAUAUCGGGCCAGGCUUACUUUGCUAUUACACCUAAGGCUUGUAUGGCUGGAGGUCGUCUGCACGCUGCUUUUGAAGCCGGACCGCUGUCGGCUUGGUUUGAUGCUUUCGCCGACUUCCUCAUUAACUAUAAGCCCUUCUACUUCAACAUGCAGGCCGGUGUCUCCGUGGGAGUCAGAUUCAGCAUCGACAUUUGGUUUAUCCACAUCCGCAUCUCGGUCGAGAUUGGCGCCCAGCUGUACCUCUGGGGUCCACCAAUCGCUGGUCGUGUCCACGUCGACUUCUGGAUCGUCGGGUUCGACAUCAACUUUGGCAACAACCAAAUCCAAAACGAAGCUGUCAGCCUCGAAGACUUCUAUCAUCUGGUACUACAGACAGGGACAAGCCCGGCGCUAUCCGCAGCUACUAGUGGCAAGCUCGCCAUAGGAGCUGGAGAUGAUAUGAAGGCCCAAAAAGAAGACAACGAGGGCCACAACUUCUUGGCCCAAUCAGGGCUCUUGAACCCAGACGACAAUCCCGAGCGCGACCAGACGACACCGUGGGUUGUACGCGCCGGCUCCUUUUCCUUCGUUGUAGAAUGCAAAAUGCCAAUCAAUGCCGUCAAGAACGAUCCUGACGGGAGUGCUAUCCUUACGCACGACGAUAUAUAUGGUAAGCCGAUGAAGCUCACGAAAACCCUAGCAUCGACUGUUACGGUAGUAGUUCAACAGGACGGAGAGGAGGAACCGGAUGAUGGAUGGCAGUACGAUAAGUACCUCAACCGCUUACCGCAUGGGCUGUGGGCGAAGUACGACCCAUCUACCGAUCCUCGCACCAGCGGUAAUAACAUUCGUGACCUCCUUAACAACGACAAAGGAGCUGUCACCCUUAUGUCCGGAGUCUUGAUCACCGCUCCCAAGCCCACCAUGGCCCCGGACCCUUUUCCUGCUUACCAAGUCGCCGAUGCAGACCUACAGCGUCUCCUCUCAAAGAACCCAUUCCCCAAGAUCAUUGACGCCGAUGAAGCCUGGGCACCCGAUAAGCCGGCCACUGGCGAAGUGGGAGAUCAGUACACCGCAGUGCACGAGGCAUGGUCCAAUCCAGCGCUCGGCUCGGGCGACGACGGGCAAAAGGGAUUCGUAGGGGCUUUGGCGGAUAGUUUGAAGUGGAACGUUACGGAGGAGAUGAAGAGUAUUGCGGGAAUUCCGGAGAGAUUGAAAAAGGGAUUUAUGAAUUUGUAUGUAGCGGCGCCAUUGAUGACGAAGUGACGUGAUACUUGUAUUCUAUUGAAUAACCACAGUCUCUCCAUGCUAUAUCACCAAGUAACUUUCAGCUUGGCCACAUACAAACAUAGUCCAUAGUGUACGGAUUAUACGAAGUGGAGAACAAAAUCAUCGCAUCGACUCGACUGAUUAUCCGCGUGCUUGGCUAGUCUAAUCCACUAGCAGGCUAGCAGCCCUGACAGCUCAGCUGG